AUGUCCGACUUUGUUGAACUUGGCUUGGAAGGCUUCGACAAGACUGCCGAUAAAUACUUUGACAAAGGAUACGACAAACUACACAACUAUCGGCAUAAGAACGAUCGCGAAGACAGUAACAACCAAAACAACAUGAACGACGCACGCGGACGUGAUCGCGGGUAUGACAGUGGUUCAGACGACAGCUACGACCAGAGGCCAAGACGAAGAUCAUACCCACGAAACGAUCGCGAUGACAGGAGACCACGACGAUUUGACAACCGAGAUAUCGAGCCACCACGUAGACUCUCUCCACCAGGACAAAGCUAUCAUCCUCGUGUUGUAGAGCCACCUCCGUAUAUACCAUAUCAACAAGGAACCUCGCGGCCAGGUGAUUUUCAGUACUACGACAACUCACCACGGCCCUUGUCUCGCGGAGACUACACGCCGUCGUCUUCAAACAGAGGUCCUCCAAACAACGAAAUGGCCAGAUACUCUAGACCCAAAGACCGCUCACCAUCCCGCUCACGCUCACGGCGGCGACAACGCCGUCGCUCCUCUUCCUCGUCCUCGCGCUCCCGUUCCUCAAAUCGCGACUUUCAUGAUAGUCCCUUGAUGGCACUUGACAGUAGGCCUUUAGGCUUGGGAGCAGGCAUUGCAGGCGCGCUCAUCGGCAGCUACAUCGGCCGUGAAACCAGCGAUCGUCAUCAAAAGCGUGGUGCGGCUCUAGGGGCCAUCAUUGGUGGUAUCGGAGCCAACAUCUUGGAAAACAGGGUCAGGAUCUACAGAGAGGAAAUGAAGGAGGAACAGAGAGAGGCAAAGGAAAAGUGGGACGCUAGGCAGAGGGAAGCUAAGAAGGAGAGGCGGAAUCGGAGAGUGGAGUCGCCACAGAGAUGGUAG